UGCAAUACGUCAUUUGAUAUCUUAACUGUUGCUUCCAUGGGCGUCGAUUGUGGAUCCAAUAAAAUUAAAUCCUUGACAAUUUCAGUAUUUUCUCCAUUUUUCAUGACCAAUACUUGCAUUAAUAAACCUGCUUAAUUACAUGAGUAGAUUGAAGCUCAGAGAGACAGGCACCCAGCUAAUAAAUAGUAGAGCCAGCACUGAGUCCAUGUCUGCCUUAUUAUGAAAUCUAUGCUCUUCUCAUGCCCAUUCUCUUCUCAACUGUGGCUUACUCAAUUCCGGCAACAAACAACAAAGGGUCUACAGUGAAGUGAAGCAGUCAUUUUCUGAAUGUCUUUUUCUUUGAUUUUUUUUUUCUUCACUGUUUCCACUCUGCUUUCAAGGACCGUUUAUGUUAAUGGAAUCAACCGAAAACGGUGACAUGGUUUGCCAAAGAGAAUGACAGGAUCUGCCCUCCGUGGUACCAACUCACCUUCCCAUUCCCCAAGCUCUCUAACUAAGGGAUCUGCAGAAGUUUCUGUGUCCCUGAUGCUCACUGCGGGUAAGGUAGUAGAAAUCACCCGUGUUUUUCUGAGAGCCCAGUUCCUUCCUUAUGCCCAAGUAGGUGACGUUGUCCCCAGAGGCAGUUAGGGCGGGCAUGACACACUCCUCUAGAGUGAGCAGUUGAUGAGGGGAGAAGAAGGACAGAAGUGGACACAUAAACCACAGAGAGUAAUUUCAGAUCUAAGACUUCAGAGGGAGAGACUACAGAGACUCUGAGCCUCAGUAGCGCAGAGCCAGGAGAGGGAAAUGGCAGUAAGGCACUAAAUUUGAUAAUGGAACAGCGUGAUUCUAGGACGAAGUGCUGCUGAGUUUUAAUUCAAUCCCAGCUUCCAAGAAGCCCAAGUCCAGGAGCUCAGAAUCUUCUAACCCCUACUCCUCUAGUCUCUUCCCAUUUCCCCUCCCACCUCUCUUCCCUCUCUGCUGCUCUUCUUUCUCUCCCUCCACACCCAUUUCUCCUCCCCUCCCUUCAAUUCUCCUCCCACUCUCCUCCCCUUUUUUUCAGACGCGCGUUUGAGAGGAAAUCGAAAGUGAAAUUAGGAGUCCACCACCGGCCAUUGAGUUCCCUGGUGAGUCCCCCACAAGAUCUCCCGUGGUGCUGCUGAACAGGAACAUUGCCCCUAUGGCCUCAACAAUGCCCCUGGCAAUGAUGUGGGAGGAGGUAACGUGCCCUAUCUGCCUGGAUCCCUUCGUGGAGCCUGUGAGCAUCGAAUGUGGCCACAGCUUCUGCCAAGCAUGCAUCUCUGAGGUCGGGAAGGAUGGGGGCGGUGUCUGCCCUGCGUGCCGGCACAAAUUCCUGCUCAGGAACAUCCGGCCCAAUCGGCAGCUAGCCAACAUGGUUAACAACCUAAGAGAAAUGAGCCAGAGUGCCAAGGAGGGCGCAAAGGGCGGUCAGUGUGCGGUGCAUGGAGAGAAACUUCACCUGUUCUGUGAGGAAGAUGGGAAAAUUCUUUGCUGGGUGUGUGCCCAAUCACGGAAACACCGUAACCACUCCAUGGUCCCUAUUGAGGAGGCUGUGCAGGAGUACCAGGAGAAGCUCCAGGUGGAAUUAGGGAAGCUGAGGAGAAAGCAGGAGUUGGCUGAGAGGUUGGAAGUCGAUGUUGCUGAGAAGAGAACAGCCUGGAAGAAAAAGGUUGAGACACAGAAAUCAAGGAUUCACGCAGAGUUUGUACAGCAGAAAAACUUUCUGGCUGAAGAAGAACAGAGGCAGCUAGAGAAACUUGAGAAGGAAGACAAGGAUCAGCUGAGAAUCCUGGGGGAGACUGAAGCCCAGUUGGCCCAGCAAAGCCAGGCCCUGCAGGAGCUGAUCUCAGAGCUGGAGUGGAGGAGUCGAGGCUCAGCGCUGGAACUGCUGCAGGAGGUUUCAAGUGUCCUGGAAAGGAGUGAGGCCUGGAACCUAAAGGAGCUGGACAUUGUCUGCCCAGACGUGAGGAGUGAGUGCCGUGUGCCAGGGCUGAAGAAGAUGCUGAGGACAUAUGGAGUACACAUCACUUUGGAUCCAGACACAGCCAAUCCGUGGCUCUUCCUUUCUGAGGAUGGGAGACAAGUGAGGCUUGGAGAAACCCGCCAGGAGUUGCCUGAAAAAGAAGAGAGAUUUGAUUGUUAUCCUAUGGUCCUGGGUGCCCAGUGCUUCGACUCUGGAAAAUUUUACUGGGAGGUAGAUGUGACUGGAAAAGAAGCCUGGGACCUGGGGAUUUGUAGACACUCUGUGAAGAGGAAGGGGCAGUUUUUGCUCAGCCCUGAUAAUGGCUUCUGGACAAUUUGGUUGUGGAACAAACAAAAAUAUGCAGCUGGCACCUCCCCCCAGACUUCCCUUCACCUUCAGGUGCCUCCUCGCCAAAUUGGAAUCUUCCUGGACUGUGAGACCUGCACUGUCUCCUUCUAUAACGUCACUGACCAUGGCUCCCUCAUCUACACCUUCUCUGAAUGUGACUUCGCUGGGCCUCUGCGGCCCUUCUUCAAUCUUGGUUUCAAUGACAGAGGACAAAACACGGCCCCUCUGAUCCUGCGUCCACUGAGACUGGGAUGGUAGGGGUCCACCGACUGUUGGUAGCUUUCCUCUGGACACUGCUGACUGCUCCCUGUUGGUACCCUUCUCAAUCAUUCUCCCCGCCUCUUUCAUUAACUCUGAGCCACCUCUGCCUCUGCAAAGGUGUCAGCAUCACAAUAAGCAGGCUUUGGCACUGAAAGCCAAUGCCAAGUGGCUUUCAACAGCAGUAUUUCCGCCCUAGAUUGCUUAUGAUUCCGUCCAAGGAAGCAGACCACUUCUAUUAGGUCCAAACUCAUCUGGAUCAACCAAAAACACAUUCCUGCCUUCUUUAUGUGACUCAAGUUUUGUUUUCUUCUCUCCAUCCCUAUAUCCAUUGCCUUUGUUCAGAUCUGUGUUCUAUCUUGCUGAGUUUAUAAAAAGGCUUCCUGGGGGAAUCAUGCCUCAGUCUACCCCAUUCAGAACUUUUUUCUCAUCUACAUCUAGGAUUAUCUUUCCAACAUGUGGGUCUAACCUGAUAAACCGGCUCGAACAUGCUAAUUUCCCUAAGCCUUUGGAUACCUUCUUCUACAGUAUACCAAGGCAGAUCUGGUACUUCAGCUUGAUUUCAUGGAGGCCACCAC